GGAGUAAGAUGGAGGAGUGUAGACAAGGUUGGAGACUGAAUUUGUGUACAGCUGUGAGGCUGCAUGUCAGUAUCCUGGCUGGAAACCUGCUGGCAGUGGAAGUUACCCUCUCCAAAAGUCAGGGACUGUUAAACUACGAUGGCAGUUCUGGACUCUUCAAAUCGAGAACCGAUGAAGAGGCUGUUGUAGACCAAGGUGGGACCAGUUCGGUGCUAAAUAUACACUAUGAAAAAGAAGAGCUUGAAGGGCACAGGACAUUGUAUGUGGGAGUCCGAAUGCCACUGGGGCGGCAGAGUCACAGACAUCAUCGGACCCAUGGGGGGAAGCACAGGAAACGAGAUCGGAUGAAGGGAGUCAUUCAAGAAGAAGGCCAUGAUGAGUCCCUAGCUCAUGACACCCCAUCCCAGAGAGUGCAGUUCAUCCUUGGAACGGAGGACGACGAGGAACAUGUGCCACAUGAGCUGUUUACAGAGCUGGAUGAGAUCUGUGUCAAGGAAGGAGAGGAUGCCGAGUGGAAGGAGACAGCAAGGUGGCUGAAGUUUGAAGAAGAUGUAGAAGAUGGAGGCGACCGCUGGAGUAAACCAUAUGUAGCCACCCUCUCUCUGCACAGCCUCUUUGAACUGAGAAGCUGCAUCAUCAAUGGAACAGUUCAGCUAGAUAUGCGUGCAAACACCAUCGAGGAAAUUGCAGACUUGAUCUUGGACCACCAGGAUUCUUCCGGCGAGUUAGGAGAUAAUAUACGAGUCAAGGUGAAGGAAGCACUGCUGAAGAAACAUCACCAUCAAAUAGAGAAGAAACGCAACAAUCUUAUUCCUAUGGUGCGCUCCUUUGCAGAGGUUGGAAAGAAGCAGUCAGAGCCUCAUUUACUAGACAAAAAUAGUUUAUCAGUGUUUCCUCAAUCUACUCCCUCUACUUUAGAAGUAAAAAAUGGAGGAAGCCACGACAACAGCAGUGCUGUUGAUCUCAGUAAGGUGGAUCUUCACUUCAUGAAAAAAAUUCCCACGGGAGCAGAAGCCUCUAAUGUCCUUGUUGGAGAACUGGAUUUUCUAGAACGACCCAUUGUAGCAUUUGUUCGCCUGUCUCCAGCAGUUCUCCUCACCGGACUGACAGAAGUCCCUAUACCAACUAGGUUCUUAUUUAUCUUGUUGGGACCUGUAGGAAAAGCACAACAGUACCAUGAGAUUGGCAGAUCCAUGGCUACUAUAAUGACCGAUGAGAUUUUUCAUGAUGUUGCUUACAAAGCAAAAGACCGAACAGACUUGCUAGCUGGAAUUGAUGAGUUCCUGGAUCAAGUGACAGUACUUCCACCUGGAGAAUGGGACCCAUCUAUCAGAAUUGAGCCACCAAAAAAUGUUCCUUCUCAGGAGAAAAGGAAGAUGCCUGGAGUCCCCAAUGGAAAUGUCUGCCAUGUAGAUCCUGAACCAGAGCCAGAAGAAAGUGGACCAGAAUUGCAGCGCACAGGAAGGGUUUUUGGUGGUCUGGUGGUAGACAUCAAGAGGAAAGCUCCUUGGUACUGGAGUGACUACAGGGAUGCGCUGAGCUUGCAGUGUGUGGCUUCUUUCCUCUUCCUGUACUGUGCUUGCAUGUCUCCGGUCAUCACAUUUGGGGGUUUGCUUGGAGAAGCUACAGAAGGUCGAAUAAGUGCAAUAGAAUCCCUGUUUGGUGCUUCUAUGACAGGAAUCGCUUACUCGCUGUUUGCUGGGCAACCGUUGACGAUCCUGGGCAGUACAGGACCAGUACUGGUGUUUGAGAAGAUUCUCUUCAAGUUCUGCAAAGACCAUGAACUGUCAUACCUCUCUUUGAGAGCCUGCAUCGGUCUGUGGACAUCUUUUCUCUGCAUCGUUCUGGUUGCCACAGAUGCAAGCUCAUUGGUCUGCUACAUCACGCGUUUCACAGAGGAAGCCUUUGCCUCGCUGAUCUGCAUCAUUUUUAUUUAUGAAGCCAUAGAAAAGCUGAUUCACUUGGGAGAAACAUAUCCUGUUCACAUGCACAGCCAGCUGGACAAGCUAACACUAUAUUAUUGUAAAUGUGCAGCUCCAGAAGUACCAUCCAACAAGACGUUGCUGUUCUGGAAUGCAAACAACAUAAGUUUUACUGAAAAUGACUGGUCCAACCUCACCGUUAGUGAAUGCCAACUAAUGCAUGGAGAGUUUGUAGGCCCAGCCUGUGGACACCACGGACCAUAUACUCCAGAUGUUCUCUUCUGGUCCUCCAUUCUGUUUUUUACUACAUUUGCUUUAUCCAGUACACUGAAGACUUUUAAAACAAGUCGGUACUUUCCAACCAAGGUCCGCUCGAUGGUCAGUGAUUUUGCUGUAUUUCUCACUAUUUUGACAAUGGUAAUCCUUGACUAUCUAAUUGGUGUGCCCUCACCAAAACUUCAAGUCCCGAAUGUAUUUAAGCCAACCAGAGAUGAUAGAGGAUGGAUUGUGAACCCCAUUGGGCCGAAUCCCUGGUGGACCGUUUUCCCUACAAUCAUCCCGGCCCUCCUUUGCACCAUUCUCAUAUUUAUGGACCAGCAGAUUACAGCUGUCAUUAUCAACAGAAAGGAGCACAAACUUAAGAAAGGAUGUGGUUACCAUCUAGACCUGCUGAUGGUGGGGCUGAUGCUGGGAAUCUGCUCUAUCAUGGGGCUGCCGUGGUUUGUUGCUGCUACUGUGCUGUCCAUCACCCAUGUAAAUAGUCUUAAACUGGAGUCAGAGUGUUCUGCUCCAGGAGAGCAGCCCAAGUUCCUUGGGAUCAGGGAGCAGAGAGUGACCGGACUGAUGAUCUUUGUGCUUAUGGGUUGCUCUGUCUUUAUGACAGGAGUACUAAAGUUUAUUCCAAUGCCUGUAUUGUAUGGAGUGUUUCUCUAUAUGGGAGUGUCUUCACUGAGAGGAAUUCAGUUCUUUGACCGGCUUCUUCUCUUCGCUAUGCCAGCUAAACACCAGCCGGAUUUUAGCUACCUGCGGCAUGUGCCUCUGCGAAAAGUCCAUCUUUUUACCAUCAUACAGCUGACUUGUCUGGUUUUACUUUGGGUUAUUAAGGCAUCUCCAGCUGCUAUCGUUUUCCCAAUGAUGGUACUCGCACUUGUGUUUGUCCGAAAAGUAAUGGAUUUCUGCUUCACAAGCCGGGAGCUAAGCUGGCUCGAUGACUUGAUGCCAGAAAGCAAAAAAAAGAGGCUGGAUGAUGCUAAAAACAAGGCUAAGGAACUGGAGGAGGCAGAAAAGAUGCUGCAGUCAGGUGAAGACAAAGGGGCGCAGCUUCCUUUAGAGACCAGGAAAUUACUGGGCAGCCCUGGGAAAAACAAUAAUUCCAGAUGUGAUCCAUCUGACAUAAAUAUCUCUGAUGAAAUGCCUAAAACUACUGUGUGGAAAGCUCUCAGUAUGAACAAUAAGAGUUCAAAAGCAGAGGAAAGAAGCUUAUUUAAAUAGGUGUCUUGGCGCGUGAAGGACCGUGCUUGAUCGAAGAUGACUCAGGGAAGGGCCAAGACCCAUAAUGUGGCAUACAGUUUAUUGGAUGUCCCCACGUUUUCUCCAGAUGAAGGAUACAUGUUAAAGCCAUCAGAAAUGUUACCUUGUAUAAAUAUAUAUAUUUUUUAAUUUUCAGUGUGUGCUUUAACAAGCUGUUAUUAUUUGUGUGCCAUCAGUGCACUUGUAACAAGAAAGUGUCCAACACAGCAAUGCUGAACUGCAGCUUCAGACAGGUUCACUGAAGUCAUUCUAAGUGGGAUCGAUGGAGAUUGACCCCAUCGGGACAUAUACCACAUUGAAGCAGAUGUCCUGAUCAGUCCUAGUAUUUACUAACUACAAUUGGAUGAAGAAUAGUCAGUACUUAGUGUUAAUUAAGUCCUGUAGUCACAUGUUCUGGGUUUUGUAAAUCAUAGGAGCAAAUUAUACCUUAAGAUUCUUGUAUCUGCUGUAUGAUCGUUAGGUCAAUGUUUAUGGAAGUAAGAGUUCAGCAUCUCAGCUUUCCUAACAAUGACACAAAUGAGAAAUGUAAUUUGGAAUGUUGCCUGGUCUUGGUUCAAACAUGCUCCUCCUUAUUGUAUGAACUACCAUAGUAGAUUAGUGCUAGAGUGGUGGAAUCUUAGAUUUUAGAAAAGGUUAAAUCCACACAAAACUGAAAAAUUAUUACUUUGGAGAAGCUGUACAAAAAUGAACACUGGCAGUUUGUUUAUUUUUUUAGGUGCAUUGGUUAAGGGGUAACAAAGACAGUUUCUAUCCUUUCAGAUCUUAGGCCAAGAUGGAGAGUCUAGUGGGGAGAGAUUCAAACUUUCAAACUAAAACCAAACAUAUCUUUGUACUUGUUUGUAGGUAAGGGGGGAGUGUUUGUGAUAAUUCCAGCCAAUGCAUGUAUUCCAUUUUCAGGUAUGUGCGGAGUUAUCCUUUUAAAUGUCGUAUAGAUCCAGGUCAAGGGAAUUUUUGUUUUUGCAAAGUGUUAAUGUGACCACUCCAGUUUUACGAAUGCUGGUAACUCAGCUGUACAUGGGUUUCUGAACUGAAUUACAAGUGUAUAGUAGAGUGAUCAUCUGCAAUUUUUGUUUCCGGAGGCAGACUAUAUAAGUGCACAAUAAGCCACCUCCAUUAGAAAUAUCUUUUAAUUAUUUUUUGUUAUUGCUUCUUGUUGGAAGGCAAUAUACUUUCAUUUUUAAGUGAUGUAUACUUUCAAAAUAUAUUGUUUUUUUUAUUCAAUGCAUUUUCUUUUACAAGGCAAUAACCGUAAAAAUACAAGUGUGAUGUUUUGUACACAUUGUCCUGUAUGCUGCCUUUUGGAGAUCAUUUAUGUUUUCCAAUAUUUUAUUGUUUAGAUGACUAUUACAGCUGGGUACGUGGAAUGGGUUUUCUGUAAAUAUGCAUAUUACCAGCAUCAAUGGAGGAGAAUCUAGGAAUGAAAUUAUAUAAAAUAUAAACUGUUUGUCACGGG